AUGGAGUGCACAUGGGACGAGUCCCUUCUGAGGCUCGGCGACCAGCUGCCUGAGGAAUUGCUGGACAUUAUCCGGACCUCUCGCAACGAUCAGCAAUAUCUUGAAAUCCUCACAAAAACAGCGCUCGACGCGAGACAUACCUACAUUCUGCUCGCACACUGCGAUAACCUCUUCGCCCACAUUUGCGCAUCCCUCCGAUCACAUGCGUCUGUCGCGACUUCACUCGCCACCUUGGGCCGGAUUGUCCCACAUGCCCCAUUUCUGGCCCCGUUUGCGACCCAACUGCUGGAACGGGAAGAGCACUUGGUCGAUUUCUCAAACAUCCAGGACCAUGAUUUACUACUGUAUCUUCUUGGCCUCUUCCGGUUGUUGAAAUUCAAUCACCGAAUUUUCAAGAAGCAUGUUCCGGCGGAUCAGCUUACUGCUUUGAUUGGAAGUUGUAGCCCUCCGGCGACAUAUCUCAUUCUUCGAAUCCUGCAAAUACACCUGAGCGCCGCAGACCACUGGUUUGAGAGUGCAGUAAGGAAGCAUCUUGGGCCUGAUUCGGUCGAUGCGGGAAUCGAUGGGGUCUGGGAUGAAAAGGUUGUGGACUAUCGAUUUCUGACUCUGUGGGAGGAAGAUCGAUUUGAGGCGAUGGAGAAGCUGAGAAGAGAUGCGCAAACGUCCUCGCAUGCGACUUCCACUUACCGGACAAUCUCAAACGAGUCCAUCCACCCGUCGACCUCGCUCGUGGGCGGUGUGCUGUUACCUCGCACCGGAACGCACACGGUCGCCAACAACGCAUGCAAGGAUCUCGUUUGUACUGCAACCGUGGGCAGCAACCUGUCAUCUGUCGCCCAAGCCCUCAAGUCGUCAAAUUCCCUGCUGUUGUCUGGGCUUCCUGGAUCCGGCAAGACACUCCUCAUACGACAUGUUGCCAAAGCACUGGGCAAGCUCGACAAGAUGGUCACCUUGCAUUUGAACGAGCAGAGUGACGCGAAGCUGUUGCUCGGACUUUACACAACUGGCGAUACGCCUGGAUCGUUUGUUUGGAGACCUGGUGUUUUGACGACGGCCGUGCAAGAAGGCCGAUGGGUCCUCAUCGAAGACCUGGACCGGGCUCCUAAUGAAGUCCUUGGCACUCUUCUGCCUCUGAUUGAGAGAAGAGAACUUCAGUUGUCGAAUCGCAAAGAUGUCGUCUACGCCGCUGAAGGCUUCAGGAUUCUUGCCACAGUCCGGAGCUCUGUCAACCAUCGGGGUGAGGAGUCGAAGCCUCUCACACACAUGCUAGGCUUUAGACACUGGCAUACAAUUCCAAUAGCACUGCCGCCUACAGCUGAGCACGGAAGAAUCGCGGCUCACCUGUAUCCAAGCCUUGAAAAGCUUCUCCCGCAAUUCAUGGCAGUCUAUGAGCGACUCAUAACAUUCCGACAGCAGGCCACGUUGGCAGGUCAGAGCAAAACAGGCGUUGCUCGUCCGAUCAGCCCGCGAGACCUUUUGAAGUGGUGCCACCGGGUCGCGGCUUUGCUCAAAAGUCGUACAUCUUUUACCAGCAGCGAGAUCGACUCGAUCUAUUUGGAAGCUAUCGACUGUUUCGCAGGAGCUUUGCCUGAUGACUCGACUCGUGAUGACUUAUCCGCUGUGAUUGCAGAAGAGCUUCACAUCGAUCCUCAAAGAAGACAAUACCUUCUCACAACCCGCGAAGUCCAAUACCAGGCUGACAAGUCCAAGAUUGUCAUCGGAAGAUACAGUCUUACGAAGUCUCGACAGUUUAAAGCGCAAGAAGGGUCUUUCUCCACGAAUCCCCACACCACACGAAUGCUCGAGCGAGUGACGGCUGCAGUAUUGAACCGUGAACCACUGUUGCUCGUCGGCGAGACAGGUGUUGGCAAGACUACAGCAGUGCAGCAUCUUGCAAAUCAUGUUGGCAAGAAGCUCGUACCAUUCAACUUGUCACAGCAAAGCGAAGCUGGCGAUCUUUUGGGUGGCUUUAAGCCGGUCAAUGCCAGAACAUUAAUGGUUCCCAUGAAAGAUGAGUUUGACGAUCUUUUUGCACAAAGCUUCAGUGCGACCAAGAACCAGCAAUUCCUUCAACUCCUCGGCAAGCAGAUGGCAAAGGGCAAUUGGAAAGCCCUGUGUAAGCUCUGGCACCAGGCGCUUACAAUGGUCGAACAGCAACGAGCUCCUUCGCCUGCACGAGAAGAAGCACCAAGCAAGAAGCGAAAAGUCGAUUCGAAGCACGUCAUCGACUUUGCUCGCUGGGAUGAGUUCGCGGCUCAGGUUCAUAUCGUCGAGGGCAAGCUGGCGGGAGGAAACGAGAUCGCUUUCACGUUCAUCGAAGGCAACAUCGUCAAGGCCGUGAGGAACGGAGACUGGGUGCUCUUGGAUGAGAUCAACUUGGCCUCUUCGGACACGCUGGAAGCAAUCGCCGACCUCCUCGACGCAGCGCCUUCUCUUCUCCUCACGGAAGCCGGCAAUAUCGAGCGCAUCAAUGCUCAUCCCGACUUCCGGGUUUUUGCGGCCAUGAACCCAGCGACAGAUGUUGGAAAGAAAGACCUCCCUCCUGGCAUUCGAUCACGUUUCACGGAGCUGUAUGUCGACAGUCCAGACAAGGAUCUCAAGAGUCUGCAGAGCAUUGUCCGCGCGUAUUUGCGCCAGGAGUCUUCAGCGGAUCCUGGCGUGGCGUUGGACGUCAGCCAGUUGUAUCAAGACAUUCUCGCGCGUGCAGCCGAUAACAAGCUCGUUGAUGGUGCUGGACAGAGACCGCACUUCUCCCUGCGCACGUUGACGAGAACGCUCAGCUUUGCAAAGAACAUACAGCAAAGUUGCAGUCUUCGUCGGGCUCUGUACGAAGGGUUUCAGAUGAGCUUCCUGACGUUCCUCGACAGCGAGUCCAUACAGCUCGUCCAGCCGCUGAUCCUCAAGCAUCUCUUCAAGAAGACCAAUGUACGAGCUGAACUGCAGAAAGCUCUUCGGAAACCCGACGAUGGCAAUUUUUACGUUCAAGGCCACCCUGGCAGCAAGCACUGGAUACGACGAGGCGCCGCGGAGCUUCAAGACCAACCUGAAUACAUCAUCACGCCCUUUGUUCAGGGCAAUUUGGAAAAUCUCGUCCGAGCGGCUAGCACAAGACAAUUUCCAGUGUUGAUUCAAGGUCCCACCUCAAGCGGCAAGACCAGCAUGAUCGAGUAUCUCGCCAAGCGCACUGGGCAUACUUUCACAAGAAUCAACAACCACGAGCACACCGACCUGCAGGAGUAUCUUGGCACCUACGUUUCGGGCACUGACGGCCGCCUGCAGUUUCAGGAGGGCGUUCUGGUCAAGGCUUUGCGCGAAGGACACUGGAUUGUGCUUGAUGAACUGAACCUUGCACCUACUGAUGUUCUCGAAGCGCUGAACAGAUUGCUUGAUGACAAUCGGGAACUUCUCGUACCAGAGACUCAAGAAGUCAUCCGGCCUCAUUCCGACUUCAUGCUCUUCGCAACGCAAAAUCCCGCUGGCCUCUACGGCGGACGCAAGAUCCUUUCUCGGGCCUUCCGCAACCGCUUUCUGGAGCUUCACUUCGACGACAUUCCAGUCGAUGAACUGCAAGAGAUUCUCCAUCGUCGCACUCAACUCCCUGAGUCUCGAAGCAGACGUAUCGUGGCGGUGUAUAAAGAACUGUCAGUGUUACGACAAGAGAACCGUCUCUUCGAGCAGAAGAGCUUCGCGACCCUCAGAGAUCUAUUCCGUUGGGCUCUGAGACCGAAUGAUACAAUCGAUCAGCUCGCUGCGAAUGGGUACAUGCUCCUGUGCGAGCGUGUCCGCAAGCCAGAGGAGAGGGUUGCACUCAAAGCAGUGAUUGAGAAGGUGAUGAGUGAGAAAGGACCUCGCGUUCGCAUCGAUGAGGAGGCGCUAUACGCUGAAACGUGUCCCGAGAUUUCGCUUCACAAGCAGAAUGCAAGUGCCGAUGGAGUCGUGUGGACCAAAGCCAUGCGCCGGCUUUACGUGCUUGUAUCGCGAGCGAUUGACAAUAAUGAGCCCGUUCUGCUUGUUGGUGAGACUGGAUGCGGCAAAACCACGGUCUGUCAAAUGCUCGCCAGAGCGCUGGCCAAGGAGCUGCACACUGUCAACGCGCAUCAAAACACCGAGACUGGCGAUUUGAUCGGUUCGCAGCGCCCCGUGAGGAAUCAGGCUGCCAUCGAAGCGGCACUACGAGAGCAGCUGAUUGCUUUAGAAGCACUGCGGUCUGUGCAGCAGAGGGAGGGCUCAACAGACGCCCUUCUUGCGGCAUAUGAUCAAGAGCUUGCCGCACUGAGCAAAGAACAGAAAGCAUACUACAGCCGCAGCGCAUCCCACCAGGCUAUUCAGACUUCCCGCACUCGCUUCAAGGCGCUCUUCGAAUGGGCAGACGGGAGUCUCGUUCACGCUAUGCGCGAUGGAUCAUUUUUCCUGCUCGACGAGAUCUCUCUUGCGGAUGACUCGGUCCUUGAGCGAAUCAACUCCGUCCUUGAAUCCCAGCGAAGCAUUUUGCUUGCCGAGAAAGGCAGUCUGGACUCCUCGAUUAGUGCCGCCGCGGGCUUUCAAUUCUUCGCCACCAUGAACCCUGGGGGUGACUACGGCAAACGCGAACUCUCUCCCGCUCUUCGCAAUCGCUUCACCGAAGUCUGGGUGCCAGCGCUCUCGGACAUGGACGAUAUCUUGCAGAUCGUUCGUGUAAAGCUAGUCCCAGCCGCGCACGACUUCGCCGAUGCGAUGGUUGAAUUCGCAAGCUGGUUCAAGUCUCGAUUUGACACUUCCGCAAGUGCCUCGGUCUCAAUUCGAGACACCCUCGCUUGGGUCGAGUUCAUCAACGCUUUUCAGCAAAACCUAGCAGCUGCCGUUGUUCACGGUGCCGCGAUGGUCUACAUCGAUACUCUUGGAGCGAAUCCCGCCGGACUGAUGUCAGUUAUCUCAAACGACAUCGAGCAAGAACGACAGGCGUGCUUAGAGCAGCUCGGGAAACACUUGGGUGUCGAUGCACAUGCUGUAUAUGGCGAGACGUUCGAUGUUCAACUCGACGCGGCUAGAUUUGGCAUCGGUCCGUUCGGGGUCAACAGACUCCAAAACGCUGCGCCAAGGGAUCUCGCUUUUACAUUCGAGCCACCAACGACGAGAUCGAACGCCAUGCGAGUAAUGCGCGCACUGCAGCUCGUGAAGCCAGUCAUGCUGGAAGGCAGUCCAGGCGUGGGUAAGACUGCAAUAGUCACAGCGAUUGCCGGCGCCGUGGGCAUGCCGCUUACCAGGAUCAACCUUUCGGACCAGACCGAUCUUCUUGACCUCUUUGGCUCUGACGCUCCCGUCGAAGGCGCCCAGACUGGUACAUUUGUCUGGCGAGAUGCACCCUUUCUCCGUGCGAUGAAGAAGGGCGAGUGGGUCCUCCUCGAUGAGAUGAAUCUUGCUUCUCAGUCUGUCCUGGAAGGUCUGAACGCCUGCUUGGAUCACAGAGGAGAGGUUUUUGUCCCUGAAUUGGGGCAGAGCUUCACGAGACAUCCCGACUUCCGUCUAUUUGCAGCGCAGAACCCGCAUCAUCAAGGUGGCGGGCGCAAGGGUCUUCCGGCUUCAUUUGUCAAUCGAUUUACCGUCGUCUAUGCAGACUCUUUCAAGGCGGAAGAUCUCAUGCUCAUCUGCCAGCGCAUGUUCCCAAAUCUUGAGCGCGCUUACAUCGAACAGGCUGUGGCGUUUGUCAGCAAGCUGAACGACGAUGUUGCCAAUCGUCGCAAAUUCGGGUCGAGCGGCGGUCCAUGGGAGUUCAAUUUGAGAGAUACUGCAAGAUGGCUGGGUCUCGCUGCCUCGGGUGAAGGACUGCUCAAGGCGGGAACACCGCAAGACUUUGUCGACAUCCUGUUCACGCAGCGAUUCCGCACUUCGUUUGACAGAAGCUGCGUACAAGACUUGUUCGCAACAGUGUUCAGCGAUGCACAGCCAAUGUCCGAUAUGUUCUGCAACUUGUCGUCGAGGACACUGCAGGUCGGAAUCGGCAUCCUUCCACGAGACUCACUGGUUGCUAGGCCUCAAGCUAGUGGCAUGAUACAAGCACCCAGUCAUCUCCGUGCACUGCAAUCGAUCAUGCUCUGCGUGCAUCAGGCAUGGCCGGUCGUGCUUGCCGGACCUCCUGGUGUGGGGAAGACUUCUAUUAUCGAGAGGUUAGCUGCUUCGGUGGGAGCGAAUGUCGUCACGCUAGCGAUGAGCGCUGAGACCGACGCAUUGGAUCUGAUUGGAGGUUACGAGCAAUACGAUCCGCACCGCCAGUCGGCUCAGGCUCUCAGUGAGCUGCGGAUGAAGUUCGACCAGUUCUGCAAGAUGUGUCUUGUAGAGAGCUCUGCCUCCCAGACAUCGGAGCUUCUACGGCUGGUUCGAGGGCUUUUUCUUGAUCCUACUGACAUCACUAACAUCGUAGGUCUCGCACAAAUACUUCCACCACCAGCACAAUCCGAGAUCCUGCCUCUUGUAACGGCAAUACGCGCGACGGCCAAGACGAUCGAUAAAGCCCGCUUCGAAUGGAUCGACGGCCCACUCAUCGAAGCUCUGCAGCAAGGCAAAUGGCUGAUCUUGGACAACGCCAACCUGUGCAGCCCUUCUGUGCUCGACCGCUUGAACUCUCUCCUGGAACCCAACGGCACUCUCGUCUUGAACGAGCAUAGCGGCCCGGAUGGUACAGCUCGUAUCAUCCGUCCACAUCCUAACUUUCGGAUCCUCUUGACUGUAGACCCUCGCCUCGGUGAGCUCUCGAGAGCCAUGCGCAAUCGCGCAGUCGAACUUCACCUGUCGCCAAACGACAUGAACGUCACGUCAACUGAUGGCUUACACACGGAGUCUGCCAUCGCUCGGUUCAAAGCUCUCAGCGCUGCCGAUGGCGAGCUUGCUUCGACCGUUGCCAGUGAUCAUCUAGCCAUCUCGGACCGCAUCUUAGUCCCCAGGCUACAGCGACAGAUUCAAAAUGGCUUGUUCGCUGCAAGCUCGCUGCAUCCAGACGCUAUCACGUCAGUCGUAAAGCUCGACAUCAGUCCAGCCAUGGCCUUCUACGAAGAUUCCGCAAGCGCCAUGCAGACCACUGCUGACUACGCUUGUGUCCAGGUCAGUCGCCCAGCCAAAUCUUCUGUGGCAUCUACAGGCGCAACCAGAGCCCUCUCACUGGCAGCGCGGUAUGACGCAGCAGUCUCACUGCAGAAGUUGAUAAAGGCUGUAUCCGAUGUCAGCGCGGACCGCAAAUUGAUGGAAAGCCUAGCACGAUUCAUCAGAGCUGCGAGGAAAGAUUCGGGAAGCUCGAGCAAGAGCUCAAUGGCCCAGAUCCUGAAGAGCAUGCUUUUGCCUAUAAUGGACUGGACCCAGGCCCAAUUGACGACUACCGAAGGCGAAUUGCUGUACAUGCGCAAAGCAAUGAACAACCUCCUCUCAAUCUGCUGGUUCGUCGUGCAAAAUCUUGGGACCGACGCAAUGGACCGAGCGCUCCUGGCCACCUCUGUGAUGGUUGCGCGGACAAUCUGCUCGAAGAGCAUAGUCGAAAGCACGACCCUGGCUCCCACGCUGGACCAAUUCCAGGAAGCGCUCUCGGAGCUGAAGUUCACCUCAAAUGGAGAAUCUGGCCAGGCUUGUGUUGCCUUGUGGAAGACAUUCAAGCCACAAAUGCCCACGAACAUGGAUCAGCUGUCUUCAUUACUGAAGUUUGAACAGGUCGUCGAGCAUUUCGAUCAGACUGUCAGGUUUGGAAUGCCUGUCAAAGAGAUCGUCGCAUUGAGGCUGGCAUUCCAGCGUGCACUUGACAUUGGUACGGUCUCAGGAGCAGACCUGGAUGCUCUUGCUGAGAAAGCAAUGGCGUCUAUACCACAGCAGAAAAUGGAGGUCGACGGUGAGUCGAGUGAAGAUGCUGUUACGCUUGCGCCACACUUUGCCGCCGCAUUUGGAUACCUUUGCCAGCAUUUCGCGCUGUUGACUUUAAGCAAACCACGACUGACGCCGGCUGAGAGCACUGCUUUGGAGGUCUUGGCUCUGAGAAAGACCAUGGAUGGCAUGAAUCGCACUCACGGACAAGCUCAUUCAUCACCGCAACGACUGUUGAGUGUCCUCGGACUGUGUGCGCAGUCAGAGGACGAGGCCGGCCACGACGACGGACAAAAUGGCGAUCAAAUCAUCUCUGUUGCACUAAGAAGGAUAUCCGAUGCCGACAUGGUUUCUCUCCAUGGCCUCAAUCUUCUCGAAAGCGAAACAAAAGCCCUUGGUCAGACGGUGGCCUCGAAAGCCGAGCUUGUUUCACAAGAUGGACUCCCCGCCCUCGACACUUGUCUUCGUCACCUCGUUCACAACGUUCUCGAAAGCAUAUCUGCUGCUACCGGCGCACUUUCCGACGAAUCUGCUCGACUGAUUGCUGCAUUAGACGGCCAGGAGCACACUUCCGAAUACAGUAAUUCUGCUUUGUUGCAGCUCUGGCGGGUGAUCCAGUAUCUCCUUACAGCAAAAUCGCCUAGUGCGACCAAUGCUCAGUCAUCAUCCGACGCAUGGUCCGCCUUCGCUGUCGCCUGCUUUGAGCUCUACAUCCCGGAUCAUGCCUUUGAUCCAGUACAAGAAGCACAGAUCCAGAUUGCGGUCUUCCAGCAGACCAAGGAUGAUGUCCAGUCUAGACUCGUCGCAUUGCGCGCCUUCAGACAAGCUUGGGUUGGCGAACAAGGCUCUCUGAGAGCUCGUCUGCUCGAACAAGAUCUCAGUGUGCUGGGCGAAGGUCCUCCCGCAGUGCAGAUAUGCAGACCGCCAACUUCAGAGCUUGCGCAACUCCACAGCGAAUUUCAAGCACUCAUGCGCAUCGUCAAGCCGCUACGUCAAAAGGCGAACAGUCAUCAGCUGAAUUCGGAUUGGGUCACUCAGCCGCUGAGCGAGAAGUCAGACAUUGAUACGCUGGACCAGAAUGCGUGGAGUAACCUGCGAGUCAUCCGGAUUCGUCUCACUGAGCAAUAUCGUGCUUACGGAGAUCUGACCGUGCCAGUGGUAGGGUUCAUCGAUGCUCUUUUCAUCGCCCGACGACUCGGUCUGCGAGGCGCAAAUCUGUAUGCUGCAAAGUCGACAGUUCGGAGAUCAGUGAGCUCGAUCACGCCAAUUGUCGAUGCUGGGCUGAACGAGUGGCUGUCUGACGACCACUUCAUCCGCGUUCAGCAAGCGUGCCGAUCGAAGGACGAGCAACUGUACUGGCUGUCAGUGAUCGCAGUGCGGUCAUGUUACAUCCCUGUUAAAGCAAUGUCAGCGGAUUUGCGAAACACCAUCGACGUCGCCUUCCGUGGAUUCUAUGAAGCCUGGAGAACAGAGUUGAGCCGUGAUCAGAGACUUGAUGCCGCGAAUUCGAGCCUUUACAGGUAUCGCGGUGGAGACGAUGAUGAAGAAGAGACUUCCGCCGAAGAAUUGAAUGAGCUCUUUCCGGGGUAUGAGAACGGCGUCGAUGCUGCAGCUCGGUCGACGAAGAGCAAAAUUGGAAGUGGUGCGCAAGCUCUCGCGGCAAACAUGGCGAGGCUUUACCAUUCCGUCCAUUCUCCACUCGAAGCAAAUCAUGAGCAUCUCAUCGAACUCAUCCAGCAGAUUGGUCGACUCUCCGUCGUCGCACCUCAGAUGACCAUGCCUGGCUUGCUGUGUUCUCUGCACCAGCUGAUCACAAAGCUGUCCUCGGCCACUCCGACCUCGCGAAGCCGCUUUGCCAACAUCUAUCUGGAACCAAAUCUCGGGCAAUGCAAGGCGCUCGUCGCCUUAAUCAGUAAGAUCCAAGCACGUUUCGAGUUCAUUCACAGCGCGUGGCCAGAACAUGCUUCGCCCAUCGAAGUUCAGCGCGCGUGCAACACAGUCUUGGAACUCAGCCACUCGGAACCCUUGGCCUGCUUUCUGCCGCCAGUCGAGAAACUCCAUGCCGCUAUUGCUGAGUGGCAAAAGGUAGCCAGCUCCGAGUACUCUGCCAGCGCUUUGCUCGAAGACAUCACUAGCAUGGUGAUCAGCUGGCGACAACUGGAGCUCUCGACCUGGGCCGGUCUGUUCGAGCACGAAGACCGCGAAUGUCAGAAGAGUGCCGCGUCUUGGUGGUAUAUCGCCUACGAGACGAUCAUUCGUGCUUCAGACGAGAUCAGCCGAUCAACAGAGUCCCUCGCCAUGUUCGCGCAGGAUCUGAUUGAGACCUUGGGCACUUUCCUCGCCAAUUGCGGUAUGGGCGAGUACAGUAUCCGCUUGAGCAUGCUCAGGGACUUCGAAGCAGAUCUCGCUACCCGGUCUACUGACCACCCGAUGCUAGUGAUUGUCCGUGAAGCGCUCGCAAGCUUAGUGGCAUUCUACUCUCACUUCGAAGGCACGGUCAAAGAACAUCUCGCCAAGAGACGCGCGGAGCUGGAGAAAGAGGUGAAGAAUGUCAUACAGCUAGCAAGCUGGAAGGAUCGCAACAUCGAAAAGCUGCGAGACAGUGCCAAGUCCUCGCACAAGAAGCUCUUCAAGAGCGUUCGCAAAUACCGCCGGCUUUUGAGCGAGCCAGUGAAGCCUCUGCUGAUGAGUGAUCUUCCACGAUCUGCAGCUGGGGAUAUGGCACUGUCGAUGUACCCGCAACACCUUCAGAGGUCCGCCGAAGAUGUGGACUCGCCACAAUCUGUCACACUGCAAUCCUGGCUGGAACGCCCUGACUUCAUCAUCGAUCUCUCUAGCACCAUCCAUGAGCUUGAGCGACAUUCGCAAGCGAACAAGCUGCCUGAUGCUGCUCGGAAGAUCGCCAAAUUUUUGAGCGAACUCGACGAUGAGAGCAAUGAGCUUCGGAAAGCGACGCCCAGCGUUGCCACAGAAGAGAACAAAAAGACGGUGCAACAUCUCAAGACUCGCAAGAGACGACUCUUGGCAGAUGUGCUGCGCGAUGUGCGCUUGAUGGGCUUCCAGACCAACAUCAGCGAUGAUGUGCUGGCUCAACAGAGUUCGCUGCACGUCGUUCUUGCCAAAGUCCCGCCGCUCACUUUGUACGGAGGGCAAAUCAUGGCCAUUACCGCUGCCGAUCAAGACUUCCACCGCUUGCUUCAUAUCAUGCCAUCCGUGCGCGAAAGCACGGUCAAGCACUCCGAAGACCUUACACCGGCCGAGGUCGCGCGAGGAAGGACUCUUCUGGAGAGCAUGUUGCAAUUCUUGGUCUCCCAGCACACUGCACUUGGAGAGCAUAUCGGAGACUGCACGAAGCUUCAGACAGUCCUAAGCCAACUCACAGCGGUUGCAAGAAGUCAAGAACCUUCCGCUCGAGAUCAUACCGCGGGCACCGUCAAUCAUCUCAGAGCAAAGAUCUCGAGCCUCCGCUCCGUGCUUGAUGCAUGCAUCCAGUGCGUUCAAAUUCAGAGCGAGCUUUCCGGACCGCUGUACGACGCAAGUAGAAGUGCCUUACAAACUCCGAGCAACGAACUAGCCUUUGUCGAUGUUGCGCUGCAAUCGCAAGGGACAUUGCCAGCUGGCGUCGACAAUGCUGCUAUUCGUGCCGUCGAAGAGUCCUGCGCUCUUGCCGUUCAGCAAAUCUCCCACGUUGUGGCCGAGCAAACAGGACUCCACCCCGAGCUUGGUCCAGUUCUUGGACAGCUUUCGCGGUGGGUACAAUCUGAUGAUCAGAAGGCAGACAAUGCGACAAGCCGCUCCAUCACGACAUCUGAUCGUAUUGUCAAAGACUUGCUGGCCAUUUUGCACCAGGUGAAAUCCAUUGCAGUCACCGUUGAACCGAUCUCAACAAACGGGACCGCAAAGAAAGCGUGGCUGCUGGAGCAGCAGAGCUUGAUCCACCGCGCCAUGCAAGCGCUUCAAGUUGGUCCUAUUGCAAUGCAGCUGGCGUCGCUGUUCGGCACCAUGCAGCACAUUUCCGACAGCGAGAUGCCACAGAUUUCACUUGUCUGCAGCGAGAUAUUUGCACUCUUCCAGGCGUACGCCAGGAAUGUAGAACAGACGCUGGAAAAGCUUUGCAAGCUUCACGCAGCGUCUGCACAAAUGGCUCAUAGAUUGGCUACCUCAUUCAUUCAGCUCGCACAGCACGGGUUUUGUACUCCAUCGGAAAAGGAGCCAGGCGACGAUAAACAUUCCGGGCAAGUCGAGAGUGGCACUGGUCUUGGAGACGGAGAAGGAGGUGAGGAUAUCAGCAAAGACGUCGGGGCAGAUGAGGAUCUCUCCGAACUCGCCCAAGACGCCAAGUCCAAGGACAACGACGAUGAUGACGAGAUGGAGAACGAGAAAGAUGCCGUCGACAUGGCGGACGAAGAUCUCGAAGGUGACUUCGACGAGGACGCUGGGUCCGAAGGCGAAGAGGAUGAGGAAAAAGACAUGGACGAUGCAGACAUCGACGAAGAAGCUGGAAGCGUUGAUGAGAAAGAUGGCGCUGUUGAUGAGAAGACUUGGGACGAUGGCAAGGCCGAGGAUGCCGACAAGGAGGCCGACAAGGGCAAAGGUACGCGCACGGAAGACGUCGCCGCCGCAGAGAAUGCAGAAGCUGGCGAAGAGGAAGGCAAGCAGGGGCAGGAAGGCGAGGACGGCGAGCAAGAUGAAGAGACGGGCGCAGACGACGAAGCAGAGGCCGAACACAUGCAACCAGAACAAGCCGAUCCUCAUAUGGAGCAGGAACAGAACCUGGACCUGCCGGAAGACAUCAACAUGGACGGCGACAAGGAUGACGACAUUUCCGAUGCCGGCUCCGAGUUUGCGGAUGAGUUGAGCGAUGUGGACUUCAAAGUCUCCAAGCUGGAAGAGUCUCCUCAGCCACCACAAGACGAGCCUAAGGAUUCAGAAGCAGAAGGGACCACCUCCAACGACAAAGGUGGAGAUUCGGCACCAAAGCAAGAAAAGGCAAUCGUCGGACAGCCGAAGGACUUGGACAUGGACCUGGACAUGGCUGAAACGGCUGAAGAUCACGAAGAAGGCGAUCUGGAGGAAGUUGACGAGCAGCUCACGAACACGCAUCUCUCACAGGACGGCCAAGGCCUCAUGACAAUCGAAGAAGCGCGUCAGGCGUGGUCCGAGCACGAGAGCAGAACCCGCAAUAUGGCGAUCGUUCUCACCGAGCACCUUCGUUUGAUCCUUCAGCCAACACAAGCCACGAAGAUGCGAGGAGACUUCCGCACCGGAAAGCGGCUCAAUAUCAAGAAGAUCAUCCCGUACAUCGCUUCGUCCUACAAGCGAGACAAGAUCUGGAUGCGCCGUUCGAUCCCGAGCAAACGCUCCUAUCAAAUCAUGCUGGCCAUCGACAAUUCCGAGUCCAUGAACGAGAAUGAGCGCAAGGGACUCGCAUUCGACACCCUCGCUCUCGUAGCGAAGAGUAUGUCGAUGCUUGAGGUCGGGGAGCUGUGCAUUGUCGGGUUUGGCGAGACAAUCAAUAUCAACCACGAAUUCGACAUGCCCUUUACUUCCGAUGCCGGCGCAGAAGUCUUCCGGCAGUUCAGCUUCUCGCAGUCAAAGACCGAUGUCAAGAAACUCCUCGAGAAGUCAAUUGAGCUCUUCCGCACUGCCCGGCUGAAAGCCACUGGCGCAACGAGCAACCUCUGGCAGCUGCAACUCAUCAUUUCUGAUGGAUUGUGUGAAGAUCAUCCCUCAGUCCGACAACUUGUCCGUCAAGCGCACGAAGAGCAGAUCAUGGUCGUCUUCAUCGUCGUGGACUCUGCAGCCGAAGAGUCUAGUGUGGGUCCACAGAAGAGCAUCAUCGAUUUGCCUGUGGCACAGUUCGCGAAAGAUGCCAAUGGAGACAUGCAGGUGAAAAUGGGCAAGUACCUGGACACAUUCCCGUUCAGGUACUACCUCAUCGUUCGGGAUGUACUGGAGCUUCCGAGUGUGUUGGCGGGCGCUUUGAGGCAAUGGUUCGCAGAGGUUGUGGAGGCUGGUGGCUGA